GGUUUUUUCUUGACGAAGUAUCAGCGUAAAGUUUUUGUUUGUAAAGGGAGAAAACAAGAGAAAAUGUAAACAAGAAGUAGUUGUGACCAAAGCACUGAAUAGGAGUUAGAACUACAAACGUAACAACCAAUGGACGCCGAUAUGGCUUUAGGAACGAACGGACACUGCGAUGAGAUGAAACAAAGCAUAAUACCAGUGUCAAAUGGUGUGCCUGAUGACAUGGACACAGAUACGGAAAUGGUAGACUCUGACCUGGAGUGGAUGUGCAAUGAACUCAAAAUCCUGGAUGACGUACAAAAGCGGGCAUACAGCAUGCUUAAUUUGCUGAAAAGUCAGGAAGAAAUUUUAAAGAUCCCCAAAAUGGAGAUGUUGGCAUGUGCUAUCUACAUUGCUGUCGUUGAUGCCAGGAUGCCGUAUGGACCUUUUGACCCACAGUUGCAGUGUGGUUACCUGGGACAACCGGCCGUCACUGUCACCGAUAUACUGGUUAAGACUCAAGUUAGCGUGCAGACUCUUUUCAGAAUAAUGCACCAGAUCAGAGACGUUAUCAGUCUUAGUGAAGCUGUGAAGUAUCAUCUAAAAUUUCUGGAGAAGAAGUAUUGCAUAGUUUCAGCACUAUCACAUAGAUUUCAUAGGCUUUGGAAUAAUGUUUUUCAUGAAGACCAGAAAGAGGAUUCCACUGCCAUCCCCAUUCCUGUGAGAGAGGGUGUGGAAGCCAGGAAACGCUUGUGUUGGACACUAUUUAUUCAUGCUAAAAGUGCUCUGUUGACAGAUGAGCAGAUUGUGGAUGCCUUCUUCAUAUUUGUGUGUUGUCUUGAGUAUGUCCUUCGCAAUGUUCCAGCUUUCCAGUUAAAUCCUCCCUUCAAUGCAGUAGUGAUGAAUUGUAUAGACCAUUCCAAAGUACACGGGGCCAGUAACAACAUGCUGCAGAAACUAACAGAGGAACUCAAACUGUGUUAUGAAGAGGUACAGGCAGUACAGGUGAACAGAACGGAACCCUUUAUACAGAGUCUUCCUCAUACAGAUGGAGAAUUAGAUCUCAAGAAGCUCACGGAAUCAUAUGAGAAACUUUACCUUCAGGAAGGAGACAUUGAUGAAUUACGUUUCCUAGACAACGACCCACAUCUAGUAACUUUAGAACAGACCGGAGAAAAGUCAUCACCUUCCAAAGAAAACCAUGCUGAGCCACCCAUGACACCUAUAAGGACUGAUGUAGAUAUGUAUGCAGACCUGUUAGGAAGUUUGUGUCUAUCUGAGGACUACAUUGACCCAGAGUUGAGGGCUGCACUGAAUACUGUUCAACAGUUGAAAAAUAUCCUCAGUUCAGCACAAGAUGAGCCAAGUGCCAACUUACAGGAAUUUUACAAGAAAUGCUCAGGACAAAACCCUGCCAAAGACAUUGCAGACCGUGUGGUACAGAUGAACGACGUGUUUAUAAAACGCUUUGUGAACCUAACCAACCCGAACCAGCGGACAGUCGCCGAACAGCGGUUCACACUGGCAAAAAGCCUGUAUUACAGAGUGCUGGAGGCAAUGUUACAGACGGAGAAGGAGAGGCUGUCUAAAACUGACUUCAGUAUACUGCUGAAUAUAGAGACCCUCCACAAGUCCCUCAUAGCCUGCUCUGUGGAAAUCGUCCUGAUGACCUACGAUGUGUCGUGGAACCCAGUCAUAAAGGCGAUUGGGGCUGGAGAUUCCAAGUUUGCUUUUCCAUGGAUUCUGGAGGUUUUUGAAAUCCAUCCAUAUGACUUCUACAAAGUGUUGGAGAGUUUCAUCAGGGCAGAGCCGAUUCUGACGAAGGAGAUUGUGAAGCAUCUCCAGUCAAUUGCGAUACAGAUUUUAGAAAGCUUGGCAUGGGAAGAGGGUUCACCGCUGUUUGACCUACUGUACGACAGUAUCCCUGCCUCUCCCCCUGAUGGUGCAGGCCAUGAGAUAACUCCGUCCAGUGCUGAUCUCUACCUCUCUCCAAUGCGCCCACCCCUGAGGACAAGAGGUGUUUCUCCAGCAGGGACAGUCCUCAGAACGACCCCACUGACACAACAGGGAAACCCUGACAAACCUCCACCCAGGCGCUCACAGUCCCUUCAAUUCUUCCUCAACAAAGUUUCCCGCCUUGGCUUUCACAGACUGCAACAGUUGUGUAACUUACUAAGUGUGACAAGGGACCUUCAACAUAAAAUCUGGACUUGUUUUGAGUACUGCAUCACAAGAAAGCCAGAUCUUCUCAAAAACAGACACCUUGAUCAGAUCAUGCUGUGUUCAUUAUAUGGCAUCUGCAAGGUCAUGGAGCAAGAGAUCAAGUUCAAGUCCAUUGUACAAACGUACAAAGAUCUACCUCACUCAGAACAGCAUGUGUACAAAUGUGCUUUGAUUGAAGGCGACAAGUCAGAUUCUAUCAUUGGAUUCUACAACAAAGUUUUCAUGCACAAUAUGAAGACUUUCAUCCUCCAGUUUGUAUCAAGACAAGCGGUACCGCAAUUAUCUCCAGCAGUAGGAUCUUCCCCAUUGAAUUCACCAAUUUACGUUGUCCCCAACAGACGUGGUUUCUAUGUUUCUCCGCUCCGAGACUCUCCAUUUAAACCACCCCCUUCACCGAGUCAGAUGACACCAAGGAGCAGACAACUGUACAACUUUGGUGAAAGGAUAGGGUCGUCGGAGAAGUUACAACGGAUUAAUGAGACAAUGGUGAGAGCACGAAGUGGAAGUGUAACACCUCGUAGCCAGAAACGCCUCAUGUUUGAUCAGAUGGAUGAACCAGAUGCACAAAGCAUGGCAAAUGCAUUACCAGAUGACUGUGCUGUGAUCAAGAAGAAAAAAGUGUCUAUAAAAGGGGCCCAAAUUGCUACCCUGAAACAGGAACCAAAAUUUACAAGGGAACAUAAAAAGUUGCAGAACCCAGACAGUGGAGCCCCGAGAUAACCUUAUCUAUUUUAGGAAGAAUUUUGUUUGAGAGUCUAGUAUUUCUCGUGAAUGAAAGAGAUGAGUAUCUUUAUAUAGACUACUAAAAAAACUUGUUGAAUACAAGAUGUUGGAGCUGUGAAAAUGGACACAAAAUCUACUUCAUUCCAGACUGAAGGUGAAAAAACUACAGCAAUUCAUUAAAGGCAGGAAUUAUUACCUGCCCAGGUAAAUUUAGGUCUGAAUGAAAUCCUGUGAAUAUGGGAGAAUGUGUGGAUGACUUUUUAGAACCAAAAUACAGAUGUGGUUGCGGUGAAGUGAAUUGUUCCAUUUCUUGUAUCCAUUCAUGCCUUAUGCAUACCUGGAUCAGAGAUUGUUGCUUCACAAAAAUGACAAUGUCUGAUGCGUGCCUGACCUGGAGAUUAUCGUUAGACUAGAAAUGAUGUAUGAUGCAUGCCUGAAUCAGAGAUUAUUGUUAGACUAGAAAUGAUGUCUGAUGCGUGCCUGAAUCAGCGAUCAUCCUUAGACUAGAAAAGAUGUCUGAUGCGGGCCUGAAUCAGCGAUCAUCCUUAGACUAGAAAAGAUGUCUGAUGCGAGCCUGAAUCAGCGAUCAUCCUUAGACUACAAAUGAUGUCUGAUGUGUGCCUGAAUCAGCGAUCAUCCUUAGACUAGCAAUUAUGUAUGAUGUGUGCCUGAAUC